GAAGGCCAUAGUCAUGUCAUGAGUCCCAUAAAAAUCCUCAAUUUAAGACACACACACACACACACACACACACACACCCCCCCUCGCACAAAGAUUCAUGAAUGAAUGAAUUAAACAAUUCCUUUUUUCCUUUCCAAAAAACCCACAAUUUGUUUUUGGAGAAAUUUGGAAACUUUUGUUUUUUAAUGAAAUAUUAAUAGUAAAAAAAUGCUUUGUUUUUUCCUCCCUGCCUCAAAAUAGUGAAAGAGAGUAUACAAGAUUACCCAAGAAAGUUGAAAACUUUGAUAAGCCCAAAUAAAAAGAAACAAACAAACAAAAUCAGAGAACUUAGUAGUAUUAUUAUAGUCUUGCUGUGAAGAAAAACGGGGUGCGUAUGUGUGUGUGUGUGUGUGUGAAUAAAGAGAAAGGUGUUUUUAUUUUUUGAAAGAGAGAGAGAGAGAGAGAGAGAGAGAAGGUCGAAGAAGAAGGGGGGAAGCUCUCUCUGGGUUCUCUGGGGUAGUGCGUGUUUUUGGGUGUUGUGCGUGUGUGUCUGGGGAGUGUAGUGUGGAAGAGGGGGCAAAUUAAAAAGUGAGAACAGCACCAUUUUUCAAUUUGGUCUCUGCAAUCCUCAACAUCCCUUCCUUUUCCAAAGCUUCCUUUGUCUCCCUCUUCCCCUCUUCUUUCCUUCCACUUUCCUUUUUGCGAUAUAUACUCUGUUUUUCUCUCUCCUGCCAUUUUCCGGUAUCGGCCACGGCCACUGGGCCGGGAUUUUUUUGUUUCCUCCGGGAACCGGCCAGGAAAAUCUUCUGUAUCAAGCUAAGCUGAGACCCUUUUCUUCUCUUUGGUUUUUAACUUGAAAAGGACUUCCAUUUUUGCCUUCCUUUUGCUUUUAGGAGGAAAAAAAAGACCUUUUUUGUUCUUAGUAAAACUUCUUCUCUUUAUUCCUGCUGAGAAGGAGAGGGAAAAGUUUUAUCUUUCAGAGGUUUUGUUAUUGAGCUAGAUUACUGCUUUUUUUUUUGGGCGACAAUUUUUCGUUUUAUGUUUGAGAUCAAUACCACUUCGUUAGCUUGCUGAAGUUGCCGGAGUUGGCAUCAGAGCUCCGAUUCGUCAAGUGGAAGAAAUGAGUCUCUGGUUGAAGUCAUACUACCAUUGAUAUUUUAGCUGAAAUAGUAAAAAGGAUCACCAAUAAAUACUACCUAUGAAGUCGCCGGCGAACGGCGCCGGAGCUCCGUCAGCUACGGCCAUGGCCAAUCCUUCGGAAGGUGAGAAGAAGAGUAUUAAUCCAGAGCUAUGGCAAGCUUGCGCUGGUCCUCUGGUAAACUUGCCGGCCGCUGGGACCCACGUUGUCUACUUCCCUCAAGGCCAUAGUGAACAGGUUGCAGCAUCUAUGAAAAAGGAUGUUGAUGCUCAAAUACCAAACUACCCUAAUCUUCCCUCAAAGCUGCUGUGCCUCCUGCAUAAUGUGACCCUGCAUGUACAGCCUGACUAACUUUUCAUGAAGUUUAGAUAUUUGAAUUUGAAAAUCAAUCACGUACUAAACUUGAUCAUUUUGACUAUUUCCUCUCCAGGCGGAUCCUGAAACAGAUGAGGUGUAUGCCCAAAUGACUCUCCAACCAGUGCCUUCGUUUGACAAAGAUGCUUUGCUGAGGUCAGAUUUGUCAACGAAGGUUAAUAAACCGCAAACAGAAUUUUUCUGUAAGACUUUGACAGCUAGUGAUACAAGCACCCAUGGAGGUUUCUCGGUUCCACGGCGGGCAGCAGAAAAGAUUUUUCCACCCCUGGACUUCACUAUGCAACCACCUGCCCAAGAACUCGUGGCCAGGGAUCUCCAUGACACUGUAUGGACAUUCCGUCAUAUCUAUCGUGGGCAGCCUAAGCGUCAUUUGCUUACCACUGGAUGGAGUCUUUUUGUCAGUGGGAAGAGGCUUUUUGCGGGUGAUUCAGUCUUAUUUAUCAGGGAUGAAAAACAACAGCUUCUGUUAGGCAUUAGACGAGCUAAUAGGCAACCAACCAACUUGUCAUCAUCAGUUCUAUCAAGUGAUAGUAUGCACAUAGGAAUCCUAGCUGCAGCUGCACAUGCUGCUGCAAACAAUAGCCCUUUCACCAUCUUUUAUAAUCCAAGAGCUAGUCCAUCAGAAUUUGUAAUCCCCUUAGCCAAGUAUUACAAAGCAGCUUACAGUAACCAAAUCUCUCUUGGAAUGCGGUUUCGGAUGAUGUUCGAAACUGAGGAAUCCGGAACAAGAAGAUACAUGGGUACAAUAACAGGCAUAAGUGAUUUGGAUCCUGUUAGGUGGAAGAACUCACAAUGGCGUAAUUUGCAGGUUGGUUGGGAUGAGUCAACUGCCGGGGAAAGAAGAAAUCGAGUUUCAAUUUGGGAAAUCGAGCCAGUUACGGCCCCAUUUUUCAUUUGCCCUACUCCCUCAUUCUUCAGACCAAAGCGUCCUAGACAACCAGGAAUGCCAGAUGAUGACUUAUCUGACCUGGAUGGCUUAUUCAAGAGAACAAUGCCUUGGCUUGGUGAUGACUUUGGUAUGAAGGAUCCACAAGCCUUCCCUGGCCUGAGCUUAGUUCAAUGGAUGAACAUGCAGCAGAAUCCUUCCUUGGCUAACACAGCUCAACCAAAUUAUCUGCAGUCGUUACCUGGUUCUGUUUUACAAAACCUUACUGGAGGGGAUCUUUCACGGCAAUUAGGUUUGCCACCACCUCAAGUUUCUCAGCAGAACACAUUGCAGUUUAAUGCCCAGAGGCCUACCCAGCAGCAAGUACAGCAACUUGAUCAGCUCCAAAAGCUGCCUGCCUCGUCUACACUGAAUCCACUAAGCUCAAUAAUUCAGCCACAGCACCAAUUGACUGAUCUUGCUCAGCAGUCAAGACAAACUUUGAUUGGUCAAUCCUUGCCAGCUAGCCAAGUGCAAGCUCAACUUCUCCAGGCUCAAAGCCUGGUUCAAGCUCAAAAUGCUAUGCAACAGCCACCACCACCUAGCCAUCAGCUACAAAGAAACCUCCCUCAGAACCUGCAGUCAUCACAGCCACAACAGACGCAAAAUAUGUGUCAAAAUCAACAGCAAAAUAUGUUGGCAUCUCAACCCUCUGAACUUAUUAGCCAGCAUUUGAAUGUUCCAGAGAACCAAAUCCAGCUGCAACUCCUACAGAAGCUGCAUCAGCAGCAGCAAUCACUUUUAGCCCAACAAUCUACGGUACAGCAACCCCCUCAUCAUACAACUGUUAAUGAUCCACAAAAACAGCUCUUGGAUGCACCUCAGAGCUUUUCCCGACCAGUUUCUUCCAGCCAAACUCAGGAUGUGUCUCAAACACCCUCCAGCAGCUCUCUACCACAGUCUCAUACCAUCCCUCAGCCAAUUUCGAGAACCAGUAGUCAGAAUAGUCUUCGCUUUAGUCAACCACCUCAGGCACUGAAGCUUCAGCAUCAGCAUUCUGGAGUACUUCCAGAACUUCACGGCCAGAUGGGACAAACUCUUCCUCCUGCAACCAAUCAGCUUUCUGUAGCUGGCAGUAGUUUAGUGACAGGGGCUGCUGGUGGAGUUCAGUCUGGGAUUACUGAUGACAUCCCAUCCUGUUCCACUUCACCAUCCACAAACAAUUGUCCUAAUGGAGUUCAGCCAAUCAUGAAUGGCAGGAUCCCUCGAACUACAGGACUGAGUGAUGAUUUGCCUCAUCAUCAUUCUGCAGCGCUCCUAAACUCUAGUGGUUUAGAUACCAUAUCUGGUACUAGUAGUUUAGUUAAAGAUUUGCUGCAAAAAUCUGAUGUUAAGCCAUCUGUGAAUAUCACCAAGAAUCAGAAUCAAGGAUUUAUGGGUCACCAAACAUAUCUUAACCCUUCUGGAGCACAGUUGGAGUAUUUGGAUAGUUCAUCUUCAGCAACUUCAGUCUGCCUCUCUCAAAAUGAAGGACAGUUGCAACAGUCUACUAAUCAUAUGUCUUUCAAUUCUCAGCCAGUGUUGUUUAGAGAUGCAAGUCAAGAAGUCCAGGUCGAUCCAAGACAUGUCUCAUUUGGUUCUAACAUUGACAACCAGUUUGGAGUGCCAAUGAUGCCUGAAUCUGUAACUACAAAGAGCAUGAUGGGAUCUGGAAAAGACUUUGUAAACCACCUUGAUCCGGGUGGUGGAAUGAUUUCCAAUUAUGACAACACCAAGGAACCUCAGCAAGAACUUUCAUCAUCAAUGGUUUCUCAAUCAUUUGGAGUUCCAGAUAUGGCAUUUAAUUCGAUUGAUUCCACCAUAAAUGAUAAUAGCUUCAUGAACAGAGGCGCAUGGGGUGCCCCGCAAAUACCACGAAUGCGAACUUAUACCAAGGUAUAUAAACGUGGAGCCGUUGGAAGAUCAAUUGAUAUUGCACGUUAUUCAGGUUAUGAAGAGCUGAAACAAGAUCUUGCCCGAAGGUUUGGCAUAGAGGGUCAAUUGGAGGAUAGACAGAGAAUAGGUUGGAAAUUAGUGUAUGUGGAUCACGAGAAUGAUGUUUUGCUGGUUGGCGACGACCCAUGGGAGUAAGUUGCCAAAAUCCAACUUUGAUCCUUUUCUUGUUUGCUUUCAUCUGUCUUCUCUGCAUUUUUAUUAUCUUGGGGAAAGUCAAAUUUGCCAUGCAGAUUUAUUUUUUCUUCUACAUCCGCUUGGUAAUGCCUAAUUGAAGUAUGUAUGAUCUCUUAUCUGUUCUGCAGAGAGUUUGUCAACUGCGUGCGUUGCAUUAAGAUCCUUUCACCACAAGAAGUCCAGCAAAUGAGCUUAGAUGGUGAUUUUGGGAACAAUGUUCUACCAAAUCAAGCUUGCAGUAGUUCUGAUGGUGGAAAUGUAUAAAUUAGUCUGCUAGAUAUCUCGCCAUUCUUGUUGAUUGGUUAAAUCUUGCAACAUGGAGAGCCUUGUUCAUCUUUACUGGAGAUAGCAGCAGUUAUCAUACUUACAAGCCGGUCAAGGGUCGAAAAGGAAGGAUCUUUCUGACCUAGAACCAGGUGGCCUGCGACAAGAUGAAGUGGUUGAGUUCAACCUCAUUUUGGUGGAAGAUCAGAAUCAAGAGUAGCUACUCCGAGAGGGACACUGGUGCUGAGUACUGCAUUGCAGUCCACAAAAGAUGAGAUUUUCUGUCUGCUAUUUUGGAACUUAAGUCCCACAAGAUUGAGUUGUAGAGAUAAAAGCUCGGAAUCUGUAUAAUUUAGUUCAGGGAGUGUAUAGAUAUGUAGAUUUCAACUUUUAACCCGGUAACAAAUCUUUCUCAAGUGUUCAGAAGCUCUGACAAAAAGGCAGGCAUUCAUACCUUCAGUUCACAAAAAUUUCCUAGGAUACUAUGACACAUGUAGUCCAGAAGUUAGUUUCAAUGUCAACUAAAGAUCAUAGAACCCCAAAGUGAAAUUGGGUUGUGGUUUGCAUUCGCCAAUAGAGAAUAAUUAGCAAGUAGAGGAAUGAUGACCAUCUUUGUUAACAUGUAUGGUUAAUAAGGAAAAGCCCUUGAGGUUCAACUUAAUAGCCAAAUCUAUUAGCAAGCAGGGCAGCGACAAGAUAAAGCAUCUGUUGGUGUUCAACUGUUCAUCAACAAUCUUCACCCUUCGUACACUAUUUCAUGCUAUCGUUAACAUUUUAAAGCAACGACUUUAAGAGAUAAACAAGUUUAACCCAAAGAUGAGAAGCAGAAGUAUAAAGAAGAGCUACGACUUCUCCUACUUCUGGUUAUGUCUACCAUAUUCAUUAUUGAAACGGAGGCUCCUUCUGGGUUGGACAAGGUUAACACGUUGCAAAACAUUCCACUGUUGUGUUUAAGCCAAUUAAGCGUAGAAUUGACCGAUGAUUGCCUGUAUUUAGGGUUUGGGAUUCUAGGGAUUGCUAAUUUGUUAUACUUCGUCCCAAAAAAAGAAAAGAAAAUAGUUAAAC